AUAAUAAUCCAUCUAAUUUCAGCUUACCUAACACCUAAUGCAAUGUAGAUAAUUCGUUAUUAAAUUGUCGGGUCUUCUCUUUUGCUUGGAUCUGUUUCUUUUUAUCUUUUUUGCAUGAACCCUUUAAUAAUAGAGCCCUAAAAGGAAAACUGAUGGAGUAUUAUAGAGCAAUUUACAACCGUUUGAUUCUUCCAAAACUGAUGGGUGAUGAGAGCCGUCCAUCAAAUAUGACAGUUGCAAGCAAAUAAUCAAGCAAUAAGAACGACGUCGUAAAGCUUUAAAAAAUGUGACCGUUAAUCUAAAAAAUUGAGAGACAAGGACACACCUCGUAAUCAAUUACAGCGAGUACAAACGGAUACCCCACUCUCAUCACUCUUCUCUCUUUCCCUCUGCUUCAGUCCAGGACAGCCUGCCUUCUCUGUGCACACACCUCUGUACUAGCUUGGCAGUAUCCCACACCCUUUUCAUGCUGCACCUCAGUCCCCCCCAAUCUCAAUCCCUCUUUUUUCUCUCUCACCCGUAAUCCCUGACUCAUUUCCAAACCCAAAACCAAAAUCAGAAAAAGAGAACCGAACCAUCGCUCACGUUCUGUUUUCACUAUCCCAGCUCGUGGAAACUAAAGGUUUAUUUUUUCCAACAAAUGGGUUGCGCCCAGUCCAGAAUAGAUAACGAAGAAUCAGUGGCUCGAUGUAAGGACCGCAAGACCUUAAUGAAAGAUGCGGUUGUAGCUCGCAACGCCUUUGCGGCAGGCCACUCUGGCUACGCCAUUUCCUUGAAGAACACUGGCGCCGCCUUGAGUGACUACGGCCAUGGAGAAGCUGAAGAGCCUCCCGAAGACCACCACCAGAUCCCUCCUCUUGACUCCACUCCUCAACCGCCUCCACCGCCUCCAAUGAUGGACAACCUUCCUCCACCUCCUCCGCUUCCUAACUUUUCCCCGAGUCCAGUUGCCCCCAUCAAACGCGCCGUCAGUAUGCCUGCAAUGCCUGUCAAGAGUCGGGAGAAGUUUGAUUCUUCCCUUGCUAUUGAAGAAGAAGACGAAGAAGAGGACGAAGAAGAAGAAGAAGAACAAGAUCAUCAUGAGGAAAACGAAGUGCGUGAAAAUAGUAAUAAUGAAAAUUUGAGAAAAGAUUCACGAGGGCCCCAUAGGGAGGAGAUAACCCCACCGAGGACUCCGGAGAACAACAAUGUCGGCCACCACCUGCCUCCGAUGCCUGAAGCUAAAAACAUAGCUUGGGAUUACUUCUUCUUGGUCGAUGAUAACAUGCCGGGUCCGAGCUUGCAGUUGGACGACAACAAUAAUGAAGCUGAUAAUAGAAAUGUUGAUACUUUAGAGAAAAAUGUUGGUGGUGUGGGGUUUGUCGGCCACAAUGGAGUUGAUUGUGAGAUUGAGCCAAAGACGCCGCAGAGGCCGGAGGAGAAGAUGGUGAUGUCAGUGGAGGUUGAUGAUAAAGGGAAGCAGCAGGUGCAGAUUGAGCAUUCAAAAACGGCUCCGGCAGAUUUCAGGAGAGUGGUGAAGGCCGUAUCUAGUGUGAAUCUGAUGCAGCUUUUGAAUGAUAUUGAUGAUCAUUUCUUGAAAGCCUCAGAGUGUGCUCAGGAGGUUUCUAAUAUGCUGGAGGCUACAAGGUUGCAUUAUCAUUCCAAUUUUGCUGAUAAUCGAGGACAUAUUGAUCAUUCUGCAAGGGUAAUGCGUGUCAUUACAUGGAAUAGGUCUUUCAGAGGUAUGACAAAUGGUGAAAAUGGGAAGGAUGAAUUUGAUUCAGAAGAGAAUGAGACUCAUGCCACUGUUCUGGAUAAGUUGCUAGCAUGGGAAAAGAAACUUUAUGAUGAAGUAAAGCAAGGAGAGCUGAUGAAGCUCGAGUACAAAAGGAAGGUUGCUUGGUUAAACAAGCAGAAAAAACGUGGAGCUAGUGCUGAAUCAUUGGAGAAAACAAAAGCGGCUGUAAGUCAUUUACACACUAGAUACAUAGUUGACAUGCAAUCCAUGGAUUCAACUGUGUCAGAAGUUAACCGAUUACGUGAUGAGCAGUUGUAUCCGAAACUUGUUAUGCUUGUUGAUGGGAUGGCUAAAAUGUGGGCAAGUAUGUGCAUACAUCAUGAUAGCCAGCUCAAGAUUGUUGAAAAGCUUAAAUCUCUUGACAGUGCCUAUGCCUCCAAAGAAACAACAAAGCACCACCAUGAGCGCACCAUCCAACUUCAUAAUGUUGUCCAAGAAUGGCAUUCACAAUUUGAUAAGCUUGUCACUCAUCAAAAGCAAUACAUCCAAGCUCUCAACAACUGGUUAAAGUUAAAUCUCAUCCCUAUAGAAAGCAGCUUGAAAGAGAAAAUCUCAUCUCCUCCAAGAGAGCAGAAUCCUCCAAUCCAAGCACUCCUUCAUGCAUGGCACGAUUAUCUUGAAAGGCUUCCUGACGAGGUCGCUAAAUCUGCUAUAUUCUCAUUUGCUGCCGUAAUAAAAACCAUAAUUGUUCAUCAAGAUGAAGAGAUGAAGCUAAAAGAAAAAUGUGAGGAAACUAGGAAGGAAUUUUUGCGCAAGAACCAGGCAUUCGAGGAAUGGUAUCAUAAGUAUAAGCAACGGAGAUCUGCAUCAGAUGAAAUAGAUGCAGAAAGAGGUGAAGAUGCAAAUACAAAGGAUCCUGUCUCAGAGAGGCAACUUGCGGUUGAGAGCUUGAAAAAGAGGUUGGAAGAGGAAGUUGAAGCCCACAAAAAACAUUGCAUUCAAGUGAGAGAGAAGUCUCUGGGAAGUCUUAAAAGUCGCUUGCCUGAGCUAUUCCGGGCUAUGUCAGACUAUUCUCAUGCCUGCUCUGAUGCUUAUGAGAAGUUGAGGACUGUCACCCAGUCACAAAAACCAAAUAAUGCCCCCUUAUAAUAGACUCAUCUCUGUUUUGUUAGUAAUUUCCUAUUAACUUGUAUCUUUAAGUGAACUGCAGUUUUUAUGCUUGACAGUAGUUCUUGGCAAUGCAAUGUAGCAAUAUAUUAUUUA